ACCCACGUUUUUUUGCUAAACAAACAACAAUCACAACAAGUAUUUGUUCAACCACGGUUCAACCUCUACCUGUUGUCAAUGGUGCAUUGUUGUCUGUGGUUGUUGUAUUGCACAUUAUUUGUAUUGUACAGCCGCACUAAGCGUAAAUUAUGUGCAAAUAAUGUAAAUUUUAAUUCGUACUCAAUUUUGAGUUCUUAUUUUUUACCAGAUACGUAGUGUGCGGCGCCACGUUUGGGAGACUUCUUUCAUGAAAAGGACUUUACUGCCCUUCAUUUAUCGUUUGUGUUUACUACAUCUAGGUUUGGCACAUAGGUAGACGACAGACGUUUGAAAGACAACAAGACAUGAAGACAACAGUGGACAAGAGUUUUGUUUUUGAGUGCUGUCAUGUGACUGAUACAGUGUUAGAAGAUGUAAUCUUUAUAUUAUUUUACUCUUUGGCUGUAAUUGAAAUUGACGUUUGUUGGCCUUUAUGGACUUGUAUCUAAGGCCGUAAAAUAAAUUUAAAAAAUUAAAAUUGACGUUUGUCGCUAAAAGCGCCAAAAGUCAAAUUACACAGUACGAGACUAAAAUAAAAACUUGUUGUGUAAACGCAAAAAUUAAAUAUUAAACUUAUUAAUUAAUUUAAAAAUAAAAAUGAAAUUAGAACUAAGUAUUUAUUUUUUUAUUUGGAUAUCAGCUAAUAUUUACUCUUUAUACAGACUGUUUGAGGCACAAAGUGAUAUUUUAAACAGUAACCCACAUGUAGUCAACACAUUGGCUGAUUUACAAAAAGGUUGGGGCUUCAUUGGAAGACACAAGGAUGUAUCUGAUGUUGAUUGGGUUACUUGGAAAUAUUUUGUACAUAUAUCCUGGCGUUAUCUGUUAAUACAUUUCGUUAUUUCGGAAUACCUACGCAACAAAUUUCCAUCUAUAUUAAAACACUGGUAUAUUAUAUCUAGUGUGACUUUCGUGACCCUUACUAUGGGAUAUAGACAAAUGAUAAUAAUUUUGACGCAACCUGUGAUAUACAUUAUAAUCUUAUACGGUGGUGGCAAAAAACUUAGUAUCUGGCUUGUCAGUAUUUUGCUACUUUUAAGUUACAAUACUCUGAAAUAUAUGUAUUAUUUUUGGAGUUUUUUGGAUUAUAAAAACAUCCAGGUUGAAGGGGUGUAUCUAAUAUUGUUUAGUAUUGCUUGGAUUGAGCUUCGAUGCAUAAGCUACUCGUUAGAUUUUGUUGAAAGAAAAGAUGGAAAAUUAUUGAAACAAGAGGAUAUAAUUGACAUAUUCAGUUACGCAUUAUAUUUACCCUUGCUGUUCACGGGGCCGAUUGUUCUAUAUAAGGAAUUUGAGAAUAGUUUUGUAACAAGAAGAGAUAAUUUGAAAACAAGAAUAAAAAGAUUUAUUUAUGACAUGAUGGCUUUUCAACUGUACUCACUGAUAUUGGAUUUAGUUUUACAUUACAUAUAUUUCUUUGCUAUGCAAAAAAACAUGGAGUUAAUUCGAAAAUUACCCGAAAUGGCUUUGUGUGGCGGUGCUCUGUUUAUGGGUUUAAAGUUCCACAUGAAGUAUGUGAUCACAUAUGGUACAACUGGAUCAUUUGCCAGGCUGGACCACAUGGAGCCCCCACCCACUCCGAGAUGCAUAGCAAGAAUUCAUGUAUACUCUCAAAUGUGGAGAUAUUUCGAUGUUGGACUGUACAGAUUUUUAGUUAAGUACAUAUACAAGCCUGGUUACAGUAUGCUUAGUCAGUGUUGCAACUUGCCCAAUAUCACUUACAAGUUGAUAGCAUCACUGGCAACAUUUGUAUUUAUAUUUGUCUGGCAUGGCACUGUCUGGCAUAUUUUCGUUUGGUCGCUACUGAAUUACAUGGGUAUCACUAUAGAACACAUGGCCAAGUAUAUUUCAAGGACAGAAAGUUACACACAAUUUAGGAAUAAUAUAUUAAGAUCUAAAGCAGUAGAGGCUCGUUUUAUGGGAAUACUGUGUACUCCAUUGUUGGGCAUGUCGGCGAUUUCAAAUUCCUAUUUAUUUGCUGGCAAUGAUAUUGGCAAUUUCUUUUUUGUAUGUGUGUCACACGCGUCUUUGCUCAGCACUAUUUUAUUAGGUGGAUUUUUAUAUUGCUUUUGUCGUGUUUCUAUGGCUUUAGAGAGCGUACCAUCAAGAGGUGUUUCGAAAAAGGUUGAAGGUAAAGAGUGA